UGUAGCGAGUCCAGUGAGGAAAUAGAGACUGAGGGAGACACAGAACAGGAGUCAGCAGAGGAGCCGGCAUGUAUAGGGGUAGGAGUCAAGGGUCACCCUCAUAUAGGUCACCGACCUGUCCUCCGUAAACAUGUACAUUCCAGGCAGUGUGGUCACGGUGGGGAGGAGCGAGGGGCUGGCGAGGCAGGGAAGGGCGGCGAGGAUAGCACAGAAGAGGAUGGAGAAGAGUCAGACUCCGAGGAGGAUGAGUUUAGAGAUACGGAGGAUGAGGAGAUGCAUCAGCACCCCAAACUUAUCAACCUCAAACAUGGCUGGCCCACGAAGGAGUCCGACGAAAGCUCCGAGUUUGAUGAGGAAAUGACAGAGGCACAGAUGAUGCAGGAUGUGAAACUUCAGUACGCUGCGCAGCAAGCUCUGAGACAUCAGCGGGCUAAGGCAGCCAGGCAAGCUCGGACAGGUCAGCUCAUCAAACAGGCCCAGCUGGUGCUGCAGAGGGGGCGGGGCCAACGACGACUAGCCCCUCCCCGACGCCAAAAGGCUAGACGAGGCAAACCUCACCUGCCAGGGUCUUCAGGGGUGGAGAAGCACAGCUCUGGUCAGAAGGCUGGGAAACCCUCCCCUGAUAGAGGAGAGUCUGUGGACACUGGACAGACAAGCCAGGACAACCCUGAGGUUGAGUCAGAUGGGAAUGUAGCAGGCACCAGCUCUGAUCAGACCCCUGCCCCUCCCAACAACACCAAACCUGAACAGCCUGAGGUCUAUGACUGUACAGAAUACUUAGAGCAGGUCCGGUCUCAACGACGGCUGCACCAGCGUAUACAGGGUGAAUACAUCGAUGAUAUUUUGAGCCCAGACGAUGGCAGUUGUAACAGUUCACGUCUCUCUGCUAAAUCUGACAAGAAUAUGGCUGACUUUGAGGGAGAGGAGGGACUUAGUGAUGAGGAACUUGCCCAGAUCAAUGCUCAUGUCCAUUACAACUCCCAGAUGCAACAACAGCUGGCCAGCAUGGCGUCACUCUACCAGGGUCACAUACCCCAUGCUGUUUUACACCACCGGCCCCCUCAGAAGGAGACUGUGGUGGUAACUAGCUGUGAUUUCAGUCUGGAUGAGGUGUGCCAGCCGGGCAUCACUCUCCUCUGGGACUUGGUGCAGGAUGACAAGGCUCAUUUAUUACCUGACGGCCUGGCUGUUGAAGCUGAGAAAGCCCUGUGUACUUUAGUCUGUUUCUCAACUGAGCGAAGAAUCAAAAUGAAAUUUAUAGAAGCUUGCAUUCAAAAUGUAGCUAAUAACAGGUCAGUGGCGGUAUCUUUACGUCUGCUUCCGAAAAUCUUCAGUUCUUUCCAGCAGUACAGAAGUGGCCUGGACACCCACACCGUUACCAUGUGGGCAGAAAAGGAGUUCAGUAUGAUGCAUCACUUCUUUGAUAACUUGUUGCAUUACACAAAUGCCAUAAAGAAUGGAACCAUACCAUCUGGGGCUCUGUACAGUCAUGUAGAAGAGAUCCAGGUACGCCUCCUGUUCCUAACAUGCGUAUUCUCCUCUAUUGGAUCACCUGAAAACUUCAGGCUGAGUCUGGAUCAGGUGGACACGCUGUGGACCUGUUUAGCCACAGACCCAGAGUGUUCUGAUGAGUGCCUAAGCUGGUUUCUAAACCAGGCCAAGAGCAAAGAUCAUCAUGCCAUGGGACCCGAGACUUUCAAACAUAUCUUCCUUGAAAAGAUGCCCAAGCUGUGCCCAGAGUCAAUGAGUAUGAUUGGUCUAAACUUGUUCCAACAGUUGUGUCACCGUGCACGAUUGGCCAAUGCUUCAUUAGAAAAGCCGCUAUCAGAAGACCAGAUCUGUGGCAUGGACCAGUUGUGGGGAGUGGCAUUACGAGCUCACAACAACGAUGUCAGCAUGACAGCCAUACAGUUCCUGAAUGCCUACUACAUCAACUGUUCGUACGAGUCCUGUUUGUAUCUUGAUGGAAGAGGCUCUCUAGAGAAGGAGGAGGAAUUUGUUCAGCGCUGUAUGAACAGUUUGGGGACAGCGCUACAAAAUGUACAAAAGAACUGUGAUUCUAAUCUGCUUGUGAUACAACGUGGUCUAGUACUGCUAAAGAACCACCUGGAGGCGUUCAGGAAACGCUACGCCUUCCACCUGCGCACCUGGCAGAUUGAUGGUCAGGGGAUCAUCAGCCACCAGAGAAACCUGCAGGACCGACAGUCCACGCCCAUCCGUGUCCUCCUCCAGCCUGCUGGCAUCGCAGAAAAGAGUACAUUGGAAAUGUAUGCGUCAGAUCUGAUCACUGAGCUCAGAGCAGAAGUCGCGCGCUGGUGGGAAGCCUUACAGAUACAACAACAACAGCAGCGCCAGGCUGCAAGUCACUCCGGCUCAAUGCUCUCCCCAAUUCUGGGCGCCAUGCUGGGGGAUGGACCAAUCAGAAUGAUCACACAAGGCCAGGAGUUGACUGUUGACAUGGAUGAGAAGACUCUUGGAGAAAUGCAGUUUAAAGAUAUGCAGUUAGUACUGGUGUCUGUUGGUGCUAGCAGGCCUCCAAGGAAAAUGGACGGGACCAUUCCCUCUUCCUUCUUACCUCCCCCUGAUCGUGAUAAACUUCCCAUGAUGCUCCUACUUCAGGAGCCUCACUUUGAGCAACUGUUGACGCUGAUGGAAGACCUGAGCAAUCUUCAAUUUUCAGAGAAAAUCAUGGAGAGUCAGGACUUGUACAGUGUACAGACCAAGGCACGAGUGUUGUCCCGUAAGGUCUGGGAGCUGCUUAUGUUACUGCCCACCAGUGUCAGCAUACAUGAAGGCCUCAAGAGCAUCCUCAACCAGGAGCCCCCAGCAUCUGGUGACAACGCCACACCAGUGAACUGGUCCCGCCUUCUGGACCCUCACAGUCCACACAGACUGAUGUACUCACUACAGAUUGUGGAGGCCUUGUCCAGAAGUCCUAAACAUAGGAGGCGCUCUCUCUUACGGUCAGGUGCUGGAGACGCACUGAUCAGUACAGACUCGGAGAUGUCUGUGGAUACAGGAGAUGCCCCCGAGGAGCUCUGGAGUAAACAGUUUAUUGCCAAAGGAGGUCUUAGUCACAUGUUUCACAUUUUUGUAUCUGGAAGUCUUCAGUCAAAGGAGGGAGAAUUCUGGAAUCAGUGGAACCAGGAGUGUUUGGCGUACUUGCUGCGUCUGAUCAGUCAGUUUGCCGUGGAGCAAUCAGAUGUGGAGGCAGGACACGAUGAUGUGUUUGAGACCUGUGAAAGUCCAAGAAAAAAGAUGAAGAGUAAGAAAAGCUCACUGGAGAAGAUUGUCAUUCCUCGUCUGACACAGACUAUCCUGUCCAUGAUGAAUGUUGACAAGGUUCUAAAAAUCCUCAUGCAGAUUUUAUAUGAUGCUGCAGUGCCUAGUGAAAGUAACCAGUUGCAUGCUGGCAGCUGGGGAAGAGCGGAGGUGGUCCACUACUCGCUGUCCUUCCUGGUGUCCUGGGCUCACUCGAGUGCCGAAGCUCGUACAGCUCUCUGCUCCGCCCCUAACUUCUCAUCCUGGCUCAUGAGGCUGAUACUGGAAGCACCAGAGCCGUACGUACGUCGUGAGGCUUGCAUGGGUCUGUACCGCCUGUGCCUGGGAAGAACUGGAGACAACAAGUCUGGGUACAGCUUACUGUUGCCUGUGUUGGCCAGUCUACUACAGUUCCUGCCCAGUGCCCUGCUUCUGAAGCCCCAGAGAACUGAGCAACUGGACUCGCCCAAAGAGAAAGAGCCAUAUGGACCUGGAUGCAGAGAUUACUUCUGGCUGGUAGCCAGGUUUGUGGAAAGUGUCUCCAAGGAGGAUGCAGAGCAGGGAUCUGAGAGUCCAGUGGAUAUGAAUGAUUUGGCCAAGUCCCUGGCAGAUCACAUUAUCCAGCGGCCAUACUACGAGACUCGUCAUGGUUAUGAGGAAGAUGAUGGGCUCAUUGGCCUCCUCAACCUCUGCACUGGAGUCAUGAAACAUAACCCAGAGUUCAAAACCUCCACUGAGGGACAGGAAUUCCUCCAGCAACUGUUCUGGGCAUUGUUUGAUUUGGCUUCUCCAAGCAAGCGGUAUUUACCAAAGUGCAAGAGUCAAACAUCUAGAUCUGCUGCAUAUGACCUGUUGGUGGAGAUGGUCAAGGGGAGUGUGGAGAAUUACACACUGCUGCAUGCCAAACUUCUGAGACAACAUACCAAAGAUGUGCAUGCACCCUACCCGUGGGACUACUGGCCUCAUGAGGACGGCCGCUCUAAGUGUGGCUACGUGGGGCUGACAAACUUGGGAGCUACAUGUUACAUGGCAACCUGUAUGCAGCACCUGUACAUGAUACCUCAGGCCAGGCAGUCAGUGUUACAGGCAAAGUGUUCUGAUCACAUGAAGCAUGAAGGAACUCUUGUUGAACUCCAGAAAAUGUUUGCCUAUUUGAUGGAGAGUGAAAGAAAGGCGUACAAUCCAAAGAGUUUCUGUAAGGCAUACACGAUGGACAAACAGCCGCUGAAUACGGGGGAGCAGAAGGACAUGACAGAGUUCUUCACUGACCUGAUCAGUAAGCUGGAGGAGAUGUCACAGGAACUGAAGAAGUUGGUCAAGAGUCAGUUUGGAGGCAUACUUACAAACAAUGUUGUGUCGUUGGAUUGCCCCCAUGUGAGUCGCACCCUGGAGGAGUUUUACACCGUCCGUUGUCAGGUCACAGAUAUGAAAAAUCUCUAUGAAUCUCUGGAUGAGGUGACUGUGAAGGACAUGUUGGAAGGAGAUAACAUGUACACCUGCUCCAAGUGCCAGAAAAAAGUCCGUGCUGAAAAGCGGGCAUGUUUCAAAAAGCUGCCCAAAAUCCUGUGUUUCAAUACAAUGCGUUACACAUUUAACAUGGUAACCAUGAUGAAGGAGAAGGUCAACACUCACUUCUCCUUCCCUCUGAGACUGGACAUGUCCCAGUACCUGGAGAGUCAUCUUAUGGGACCAGAUAAGCUCAAAGACAACGAUGAUGAUGACUCGAGCCUGGCGGGACUAGAGGAUUAUGAGACUGAGCAGGAUGACAGCUCAGAGUACGAGCUCAUCGGGGUCACAGUUCACACAGGCACGGCAGAUGGUGGACAUUACUACAGCUUUAUACGGGAUCGCAUCAAUAGAGCAGAAAAUGGCCUGGAUAAAUGGUAUCUGUUCAAUGAUGCCGAGGUGAAACCAUUUGAUUCCAACCAGAUUGCCUCAGAAUGCUUCGGUGGAGAAAUGACCAGUAAAACAUAUGAUUCUGUGACAGACAAGUUUAUGGAUUUCUCUUUUGAAAAGACCAAUAGUGCUUACAUGUUGUUCUACGAACGCAUCCCGUCUGGUGCCAGAGAGAAGGAGGUGGAGAAAGAAGAGUCCAAACCUGUUCACAAGUUCUGCUUUGAGCUCAGCAAGGAAUUGGCAGAUUGGAUCUGGCAAGAUAACAUGCAGUUUCUUCAAGACAAGAAUAUAUUUGAACACACCUACUUUGCGUUCAUGUUAAAUAUCUGUGGAUACAUUCCUCCGACAUUACCCAAAGAUGACUACCAGCAGAUCUCGCUGAUGGCCUCUCAACUCAGCACCUCAUUUGUCCUGGAGACUCUCAUCCAUGCCAAAGAAAAGCCCACCAUGCUUCAGUGGAUAGAACUUCUAACAAAACAGUUCAACUCCUGUCCUGGAGCCUGUGAGUGGUUCCUGGACCAUAUGGCCGAGGAUGACUGGUGGCCUCAACAAAUCCUCAUCAAGUGUCCUAACCAGGUGGUCAGACAGAUGUUUCAGCGACUACUGAUCCACGUAAUAAAGCAGCUCAAGCCAGCCCAUGUAGAGCUGUAUCUCCUGCCUAUGAUAGAAGGGGAUGAUGGUGGAGUGGAUGUGGCUGAAUUGGACAGCAAAACUUGUGUCACACGAUUUGUGAAGAAAAUGCUCUCAAUUCUGGAGCACGGUGUCCGUCCACACAGUAAAUACCUGACAGAGUAUUUUGCUUUCCUGCUGGACUUCUCCAAGAUGGGAGAUGAGGAAAGUCUCUUCAUGAUUCAUAUCAAUGCCAUUUCUACGAUGAUCAAUUUCUACAUGGGACAAAAGUCACAGGAAAACUAUGUGGAGAUCUUGUCUGAUGAUGAUGAGGAAGAGGAGGAGGUGGUGGCUGUGUCUGAGGACAAGUACCGCCCUCUGUCCCUGGAGAAGAUGAUAACACUUAUUGCCCACCUGGUGGAGAAGUCCCGAGGGGAUGAUCGACAGCUCCACCUGUCCGAGAAAGAUUACAAUAACAUCAUUGGCGGGAAGGGUUUCUUCUUCCUUUUCAAUCAAAUAAGGGACAAUAUCAAUGUGCGACAGACGUGCAAUCUUAUCUUUGGACUGUGCAGAUGGAAUGACAGCUUAGCAGAAGCAGUUGUGCAGAUGAUAUUUAAUGCAGUGAAGAAACUUAAUCCAGAGCAAACACAGUCAUUCUUCAAGUUGUUGACAAUGUUGGUAGAGUUUGUGGGAGGCCCCCCAGGCAUGCCUCCCUUCACACAGUUCAUCCUGCAGAGAUUCUGGGAGCUGACAGAAUACAGUCCACAGCAGUGCCUGGAAUGGUUAUCCGCACAGGUUACCCGUAACAAGCUUGCUCAUACCUGGGUACUACAGCACAUGGAUGACUGGGUGGAAACUUACCUCAUGGCCAACAACAACGUCAGGGUCAGAAACGCUGCUGCCUACUUAUUAGUGUCCCUGGUUCCCAGCAGUCACUUCAGACAGGCAUUCCGCUCAGCCAGAAGUAUCCUCAGUCCACACAAAGAGCACUCUAUGCCCCCAGAAUCUGUCAGUAUACUGCAUAAGGUGUAUGAACAUCUGUUGAGUUUGUUACCCUUGGCCAGGCUGUAUGUAGAUCCCCAAGUACAUGGAACGACAAAGUUGAUGUGUUUCUUUGCUCUGCUCACCUACUGUUUGGUUUCUAAGGCAGAAAAGUUAAUGUUUGGCAGCUACUUUCUGGAGCUCUGGCAGCUGUUUCAGCCUAAACUAUCUGAACCUCAAAUCUCCAUGCAUCAUAACAAACAGGCGCUGUUAAUGUUCUGGCAUCAGGUAUGUGUGGACUGCCCAGAGAACAUCAAACUCAUGGUCACCAAUGCUCACGUCUGCAAGAACAUUGCAUUCAACUACAUUCUGGCUGACCAUGAUGACCAGGAGGUGGUGUUGUUUAACCGCUGUAUGCUGCCUGCCUACUACGGCCUGCUACGUAUGUGUUGUCAGCAGUCCCGUCCCUUCACGCGUCAACUCGCUCAGCACCAGAACAUACAGUGGGCCUUCAAAAACAUCUCCCCCUAUCCUGCUCAAUACACUGCUGCUGUGGAUGAACUGUUUAAGAUGAUGAAGCUGAUGUCAGCUCGUUACCCUGACAGUGGUGAGGAGGAACUGCGCGCCAUCAAUACCUUCAGGAGGAACACCAUUGUCAUGUACCUCCAGAAUCUUGAUGCGCGCUCAAACUGGCAGACUCUCGUCAAUGCAUUUAAGAUCUUGGUGGAUUCUACAGAAGACAGGUUGUUGAUCAUCUACCAGCAGGGGCUACAGAUGAUCACAGAGGCCUUCUACACCUUACAUGUGAUGUACCAUGAAGCCACAGCAUGUCAUGUGACUGCUGAUAUUGUGGACCUGCUCUCCAUACUCUUACCUGUCCUUAAAGUGGCCAGGCAUUACCUUGAAAAAAAAGGAGUGACUGCAUCUGCUGAGGUGAAGAACUGCUUGCUGACGUGGAAGGAAAGAAUGGAUUUUGUGAAGAAGCUGCUUACCUUACUCAAUUCCUACACCCCUUAUGAGAUUAGAGAUAUUUGUAUGAAUGUGCUGAAGGAGAUGGUAAUGACAUUCCAGAGUGACUGUCUACAGACCAUGGUUCCAAUCCUCACACAGGCUCAUCUGGCUUUCCAGGAUUCCAACCUUCCAGUUGCCAUGGGUCCGUAUUUCCCGAGGAGGGGUCAGAAGCCAAUAGGAUCUAAGUCAAACAUCAGACCCCCUCGUCCUCAGUUCCAGAUGUUACUUCAUUCCAGUCAGCUGGAGGCUUCUAGGGGUAUUGAUGACAUGUACGAUACGGCGCUGUGGGAAUAUUACGCCUCGUAUCACACAUUGGUGGAUCUCCUUUGUCGUAUCGCCGUCAAUCAACAAAACCUCAACCGAGAUGUUAUUAAUCUAAGUGCUAUGGUAGCCUUUGAAGGUGUUCCCUUACAUUCCCCAUACUUUGCCAAACUUUGGUGUGAGAUUUAUCAUUCUGAGCAAGUGGACAAGGAGUGUAUCAAGACAUUGUGUAACAGCAGCUACUUCAUUGAUUACGUGGACGCUGUACUGCUGGAUGAGAGGCUCUCCCUCAACAACCACAUCAUUUACCAGUUCUUCUGCAGCUACUUCCCAAAGGUUCAUCAGCAAGUGUUAAAUGAUCAGGGGAGGUCACUCUUGGAUUCCCUGAUAGCCUCUGUAACUGCCGAGAAGUCUGCGUUAGAGAAUGUGAAGAGUGAUAAGGAGUUUAUGACAGUGGCUCACCGCAUUAAUGGGGACUUGCGUGCUAUGCUGCUGAUCUUCUCAGUACAGCCCCCAAAACAGCUGAGUGGCCUGCUUGUGGACAGCCUGCAAUUUAUCCUUGGCGUAUGUCGAUCACAGCAGCAGCAGAAAACUGAGGCCUUGAUCAAACAGAGACACGAAUCCGGGGACAGGCAGUCUGACCUGGAUGAUGGGGAGCUAGAAGCCACACCCUCUAAGAGAAGGAAGAUCAGCUCUGAAUGUGAAGAAAAAGCUGAAUUGAAGCCUACGGCUGAUGAUAGAAAUCCGGAAGGUGGAGAAAAUGGGAAGAUUGAAGAAAGUGGUAAAAGUGUGGAUGCAGAGGAAAUGAAAGAAACAGAGAAAGACAAGUCAGAAGAUGAAAGGGAGAAGAAAUCAGAAGACAAGGCAGAGACUUCCAAAACUGAUACGGAUGGGGAAAAGGAGGGCAAGGAAAAAACUGGAAAUGGGGCAGAGAAUAAUUUUGAGAAAAUCGAGGACAAACAAGAGACUGAUAAUAAACAUCAGGCAUCUGAUGAAGAGAAGGAUAAUACACGAUUAGAUGCCUCUCCAAAACCGCCAGGUAGUAAAGAUGCUUCUGAUUCUGGAGACUCAGACACAGUGAAGUCGUCAGCUGGGACCCCCUCCUCCACGCCCUCCUCAUUACGAUCUCAGCAUAAAGAAAAGCCCAGUUGGGUGGAUCUGGUUGUCCGUCACAUUGAAUCCCUAUUUAAUCUCAUCAGUAAAAAGUAAACAUGGAAAAAAUAUAUAUAUAGUGGAGAUGUUUUUCAUGGGAUUGUUGAUGAAAAACUGAAUUAUGUAAAUUUGAACUUCACUCUGCUUAUUGUUUGUACAAGUUUUAUGGGAAUUUUAUGAACAUAGUAUAACAAAGAAAUAUUAACUGCUGUUGAUCUCUGUUACUUUAUAUUGCGCUGUAUUUUUAAAAGUAAUCAUAUUUGCUCAUGACGCUAAAUCCAUAUCUUCCUACAGCUGCAGAAAUGCUUGGUCUUGUACAAAAUUUUGUGUACAAAUAAGCCAGGUCCUUCAUGGAAUACAUCAUUUGAGUAGUUCAUAAUGAUUUAAGUUUUAGUCACUUUUCAUGAAUUUUCUUUUAUUCUGAAAUUUAAUGAAUUCAUGUCAAAGCUUAAGAUAUAAUAUUAAAAUAAUAAUAGUUAGAAGAUGUGUAAAAAGUUUGGAAUAUUCUUUGUGUACUUUGUUUAAAUCAAAUUUGGAUUGCUUUCUGCUGAAAUGUUAUGAAACGUCCAAUUUGUACCCAGUAAAAGCGGAAAGAAACAAAAAAAAACAAAACAAAAAGGUAAACGAAGAAGGUGUGUGAGAAGCAUUUUCAGCACUUGAACCAGUGUUUUUAAUUAGGAAGUUCAGUUCCUGAAGUAAGGGCAUAGUGUAGUCUAGCUUUCAAGCAUAAUGUCAGCUUGUCAAAGAUUAUGUCUCUUCGGUCAUUCUCUGCUAAGCAGUGCUUCUUUCCAAUACAUGCACGGAGUGUGCAGCUUGUAUUAUGUUGCACCAAAUAACCUGUGACAGGCUGCACAGAAUAGUAGCAUGCCAGAGUGCCUGUACAUACAUGUACGUGGGAAGCUAUCUGUAACAGAUCUCUGUAGCAUGGAAAGUAAGAUUUUUGGCCAGAAACAUUCAUUCAAAGGAAAUGUCCACAGUCGUUGCCACCAAAAUAGUAAAUUAGAGAAAUAUGUGUUUAACAUUUUCAAACUCAUAGAAUGGUUUGAAAUGAUUCAGUUUGAAGGGGUUAAGCGAUUCCUUCUCAGUGUACAUAUUACAGUUGUACUGUUCUUUUGAUACAACAUUUUGGGCUGAGGAGAGCUCGGAUCAUGGUGAAUCCGUCUUGGUUAUGAAAGACAAGACAACUGAUGGUGCUACAUACCAAUCAUGUGAUACUGGGGUGUGCUGUCAAGAUUUGAGUGUGCUCUUUGACAAGUGUGCUCAGUGAGAAGUACAGUGUAGGCAUGUGAUACUGGGGUGUGCUGUCAAGAUUUGGGUGUACUCUGUGAGAAGUACUGACAGUUCUCUUACUGCCUUCUGCAAAGUCUUCAUGUGUUCUAUUACUGCCUUCUCCAAAGUGUGCAUGUGUGUUCUCUUACUGUCUUCUCCAAAGUGUGCAUGUGUUCUCUUACUGCCUUCUUCAAAGUGUGCAUGUGUGUUCUCUUACUGUCUUCUCCAAAGUGUGCAUGUGUGUUCUCUUACUGCCUUCUUCAAAGUGUGCAUGUGUGUUCUCUUAUUGCCUUCUCUAAAGUAUGUGUACAUUACUCUGUAGAUGUGCUUGCCUCGUGUUCAUAUGCUUUUAUGAAUUUUUCACCUUAAAGCAGAUACUCUUUUCAUACAUGCUAAACCA